AUGGCGCCGUACACAGUCAACUGGGGCAUCAUGGCCACCGGCGGGAUCGCCGAGACCUUUUGCAAGGACCUCCUCACCAACCCGGCCUCGCGCGACGUGACUGACGUUGCCCACCGUAUCGCCGCCGUCUCCUCCUCUCGCGACUCCCAAAGAGCGCACGACUUUGUCAAAAAGAUUGAUGCCCCGGCCGACACGACCGUCUACGGCUCCUACGCCGAGCUCGUCCGCGACCCCAACGUCGACAUCGUCUACGUCGCCACGCCGCAUUCGCACCACUUCCAGAACGCCAUGCUCGCCCUCGACGCCGGCAAACACGUCCUCUGUGAGAAAGCCCUGACCGUCACCGCUGAGCAGACCCGCGUCCUCGUCGAGACGGCCCGCGCCAAGAAGCUCUUCUUCAUGGAGGCUGUCUGGACCCGCUACUUCCCCCUCAGCAUCAAGGUGCGCGAGCUCAUCUCCACCGGUGCCAUCGGCAAGGUCUACCGCACCACCGCAGACUUGUCCUUCAACAGCUGCGCCGAGGGCUCCGACAAGCUGUCGUUCCCGGACUCGCACCGAAUGGUGAACCCCGAGCUCGCCGGCGGCGCGCUCCUCGACCUGGGUGUCUACUCCCUGACGUGGCUGUUCCAGACGCUGUACCACCUGCAGGCCGAGAAUGAGUCGCCCGAGGUCCUAGCCUCAGUGCAGAAGUAUCCUGUGACCGGCGUCGACGAGACCACCACCAUGAUCCUCAACUUCCCCAAAAACCAGCAGACGGGCAUCGCCACAACCUCGCUGCGCGUCGACACGGCACCCGACGGCAAGGGGAGCACCGCCCCGGCGAUCCGCAUCCAGGGCUCCAAGGGCGAGAUACAAGUCGCCCACCCGGCUUACCGCCCGCUGUCGUACAAGGUGAUCAAGAAGGGCGUCAAGGAGGUCGAGGUUGUCGAGUGCCCAAUCCCCGAGGACGAGGCCCGUGAGUGGGGUCACGGCAUGUUCUGGGAGGCCGACGAGUGCGCGCGCUGCUUGCGCGACGGCAAGCUGGAAAGCGCCUCGCUGCCGCUAUCGGAGAGUCUUGUAAUCAUGGAGGUGAUGGACAGCACGAUCAAGCAAGGCGGCAUCCACUACCCCGAGCUCAUCACCACGCACAAGUUUGACGCCAAGAGCCCGUUGAACCUGGGAAACGCUUGA